UCUUAUUCACACAAAGCCUUCCGUCUCUCUGUAUCUUCGUUGCCCUCAAAUCAAUUCCCAGCCUCCCUCUCUGUGCUUUUCCCCUUUGCUUCCCUCAGUCUCAGUGCGGUUUUCCCCUGAUCCUUUUCCUGAGAUUGUUUGGGUUUUCCCAUCAACAGAUUAGCAAGAAGGAAAACUAAGCGUGGAUGUUUUAAUGGAGACCAAGGGUGGGAAAAAGAAGUCUAGCAGUAGUAGUGGCUCCAAGCAGUACGAAGUUCCCCUCGGCUACAUCAUUGAAGACGUUCGCCCAAACGGUGGCAUCGAGAAGUUCCGAUCUGCUGCUUACUCCAACUGCGUGAGGAAGCCAUCCUGAUAUAUCCCUGGAAUGCCUCCCUCGGUAGACUAGGAUUUCAUUUACUCAAUAAUCUUUCUCUUCUUCCUUGUUUGUUUGCUUGAUUCGUAUAACAAAGUUUUCUCUGUUGCUGUAAACGAAACCCAGAAAAAAAAAACAUACACUCUCUGUUUCUCUGUCUUUUUCCAUUGCUUCUAAAAAAUCCCUGAACAAUGACCAUCCUCAGCCACGACCCUCCACCGUCUUCACCGAUAGGGUUCGAAGGCUUCGAAAAGCGUCUCGAGAUCACAUUCUCGGAGCCAUCCUUUUUCUCGGACCCCCAGGGGCUCGGCCUCCGGGCCCUGACCCGGCACGAGAUCGACUCCAUCCUCGACGCGGCUCGCUGCACCAUCGUCUCACACCUUUCCAACGACGAGCUGGACUCGUACGUUCUUUCUGAGUCGAGCCUCUUCGUCUACCCUUCCAAACUCGUCAUCAAGACCUGUGGGACCACCAAGCUCCUCUUAUCGAUCCCACCGAUUCUCCGACUCGCCGAGUCCCGCUCACUCGCUGUCGUUUCGGUCAAGUACUCCCGCGGGAGGUUCAUUUUCCCGGGUGCCCAACCUGCCCCUCACCGCAGCUUCAAUGAGGAAGUCUCCGCUCUGAAUGAGUUCUUUGGGCACAUGAACCCCAACGCCUUUGUGAUCGGCGAUCCGACGGUCCCGAAUCGUAACUGGCACGUUUACUCCGCCACUACGGAGGGUAAUCGGACGGACCCGAUUGCUCUCGAGAUGUGCAUGACCGGGUUGGACCGCGACAAGGCGUCCGUGUUUUUCAAGAACUCGGAGGGAUACAGGGCUGGCGAAAUGACCAAAUUGUCCGGAAUAUCCGAGAUUAUUCCCUCUCACGUGAUUUGCGACUUCGAGUUUGACCCGUGUGGGUACUCCAUGAAUGGGAUCGACGGCUCUGCUUAUUCAACCGUGCACGUGACUCCAGAGGAUGGGUUCAGUUACGCCAGCUACGAGGCCCUGGGGUUCGACCCUGAGGCCACUGGGUUCGAGCCGCUGGUGAAGAGGGUUCUCAAGUGUUUCGGUCCGGCCGAGUUUUCCGUGGCAAUCACUUGCUUUGGUGGCGUCAACUGGGCCACGGAAUCUGCUGACGUGGAUGGGUACACGUGUGAGAGCGUGGUGAAGCAGGAGCUGCCAGGUGGCGGGUGCGUGGUGUACCUGGCUUAUUCGGUGAAGGCUAAGGCGGGUGGCUGCGCGGUGCCCACGCCAACCAAAGCUGUCUUGCGGUGCUGGAAUGACGUUGCGUUGGAGGAAGAGGAGGUCACGGCGUGUCCAUGUGUUUGGUCAGCUUAGAGCGGGCCAAUCAGAGUGUCAGUUGUCAGCCCUGUUCUGUCACUGCCAGUGAGAUUGUUGGGUGGCGCUUCGGUAAUUUAUGUAGGGUUUGCCUACGGUGUUAAUUGGCAGUCCAUUAUUAUGUGGUGGUCGUUUCUUUGAACUUUGAAGUGUCUUUCUUGUUUACUAGUCUGUAGUCUUUCCAAUGUAUUGGGUCUUCGGUCUAUGAUUUGGAAUAAUUGAGGUUUGGCCAUUGUCUCUGUUUAAUGGAAUCUUUAUUUGUUCUUGUUCUAUUUUUGAGAAAUAA